AUAUAUAUAUAUAUACACAAUAUAUAUAUAUAUACAAUCGCACGCGACGCGCGACAUAACCUAAAUUCAUAACCUAAAUAUCUCAAAAGCCGCGUUCAAGAGGAAAAACAAUUGCGAGUCCGUAUUUAAUUACUAUUAUCGAUAUAUAAUGAACGAAUCUCCACCCGUCAUAAUUCGCUUGGGAGUAAACAAGGUUGAUUUUAACCUCGGCGUGCCCACAGACGAGAGCAUCCAGCCACGAUUGUAUACUCCCGGCGAGGAGGUAUCCAGUCAACCGGAUUUCCUCAGCGGCCAUGGAACUUAUGUCGAUGAGAAGGGAGCAUUGCGUGCGUCAGUCGCUGGAGUCCUGGCGAAGGUGAAUAAACUGAUAUCAGUUAGGCCAUUGAAGGCACGCUACAAUGGCGAGAUUGGAGAUCUGAUUGUGGGAAGAAUAACGGAGGUGCAGCAGAAACGUUGGAAGGUCGAUAUAAAUUCGAAGCUUGACGCCGUUCUCUUGUUGUCUAGCGUCAACUUACCAGGUGGUGAAUUAAGAAGAAGAUCUGCGGAGGACGAACAGACUAUGCGCAAGUAUCUCCAGGAGAAAGACCUGAUUUGCGCGGAAGUACAGUCAAUAUUUGCCGAUGGUUCUCUGUCUCUGCACACACGAGUGCUCAAGUAUGGCAGGCUCUCACAAGGGAUGAUGCUGAAAGUGCCGUCAAUGCUCAUCCAGCGCACGAAAACGCACUAUCACACCCUGGAGAACGGUGCGACGUUGAUACUCGGUUGCAACGGCUACGUGUGGAUCGGCGCGAGUACUCAGCACGUCGAUAAAGCGGAGGGUGGAUUCACGGAGGAUCUGUCGAAGCUGCCGCUAGAAACUUACAAACGAAACCUAGGAGCGAGUAGUCGGCGAGCUGACUGGAGAGAUAUGGAUGCAUGUUUUAACGCCUUCGAUAAGGACGGCGACGGAUUUCUGUCGAUCGCCGAAUUCGAUUUAAUUUGCCGCGCCUUGUUUCGAAAUGAUCGCGGUAAAAUCUACGGCCUCGAGGAGGACCAGUUGCGCGAGGUGUACUCGAUCUUUGAUCUCAAGGGCGAUGGCAUGAUCGACAGGGAAGAAUUCGAGGUUUGCUGGAACCGAUGGAUCAAGAUAUGCACACGACCCAAAGGUGCCUUUCUGAUCGUAGACGUGCAAAAUGACUUUAUAACGGGCUCCCUGAACAUAAAGCAGUGCGCGGCGCAACAUGACGGCUCAGAAGUGAUCGAGCCGAUCAAUCGGCUACUGGAAACCGUACCGUUCGAGGCGGUGUUUUAUUCUUUGGAUUGGCACCCGAUAGAUCACGUAUCUUUCAUCGAUAAUCUACACCUCAGGGAAGUGGAUAGCAGUAGCAACGUCUCGAAGGAAGCGGCACGGGUGUACGACACGGUAACGUUCCGCGGGCCGCCGUUACUGAUUCAGCGUUUGUGGCCGCGUCACUGCGUGCAGGACUCGUGGGGCGCUGAACUGCACAAGGAUCUCAAGAUCGUGAACAACGCGAUCAAGAUCUACAAGGGCACGAACCCGGAGGUGGACUCGUACUCGGUGUUCUGGGACAACAAGAAGCUUACCGAGACGACGCUGUCGUCGCAACUGCAGGAGAAGGGCGCUACCGACAUUUACAUCUGCGGCCUGGCGUACGACGUGUGCGUGGGCGCCACGGCGGUCGACGCGCUCACCAGCGGUUACCGCACUAUCCUCAUCGAUGAUUGCAGCCGCGGCGUCGACCUCGUCGAUAUCGAGAAGACCAAGGCCACCGUGAUAGGCAGCAACGGAGUAAUAGUGAACUCUAGCCAGGUGAAAGCGAUGGUGGAGGGAAGAGAUCGGCGGCCAGAGCUGGGAUACAAGCUCGCGCUGGAGAUUAAGCAUAAAUUGAAAAAUUACGAUUACGAUUAACUGCGGCGAUAGCUUAAUAGUUAGUGUACAUAGAACUAUUGGGAUCUGAUGGUAAAACUAGUUUAAAAAUCAUGAAUCUUUCACAUUAAAGAGCUCCUUAGAGAUUUAAAGUAGCUGAAAAUGUGUGAAAAAAGAUAUAUAUAUAUAAAAGAGAGAUAAAUAUAUUUUCCUUUAUUGAACGUUGAAGUAGGCGUUAAAGUACUUGUUAAAAUAAAAAAAAAAGAUUUAUAUUGUUAAUAGUUUAGUCAUUUCGUUAAGAUUGAGGAUUCUUUAAAACAUUUAAAGUGGUGAUUAUAUAAAUGUUGAAUAUAAGAUAGAAAAUGAGUAAUAAAUAUGUGUAAUAAAUAUACCUAACAUAUAUAUAUGUAUAUUAAAUUUAUUCGAUUCGAACUUAAAUGGCUCAAGUAGGAUAUCAGAUAUCCAUAAAUUGCAUUAAUCGAUUAUUACGUUUGUCAAAAAAUAUAGAAGAUUAAAACAUUAAAUAUUAAUAGUUUUAUUAUUUAUAUAUAUGUAUAAUUUGUAAGAGACGUGUAAUAAAACUUCCAUGACGAAUUUUCGCAAAGUAUUUAUUGUAGAAGAGAAAGAUAAAAUGUAUUAAGUUAAAAUAUAAGUAAAGAUAUAAGAUCUAAGAUAGUAAGAAUUAAAAUGUAGAGUUAAAGAAUAAAAAGCUCAAAUUUUCAAGAAUCAACGUUUUAAAAAUCUAAUUCGCAAGGGCUGCGUGUUAUGUGAAAAGUACAUGAAUAAGUCGUAUAUUGUUACUGUUUGCUUGUUUUAUGUAUAGAUAAUCAGAUUUUUUAGUUAUCUCUUUAGCAAUAAAGUUUGCAGCAAAA